AAUGGCUUUUCCUCAUGGUCGGGGUUCUCCCCCAGCCCACCUUCCUGCUCAGCGCCACAGCUCCCCACCGCAGAUCUCAAGUGUUCCAAUUCCCCGACGCAAGAGCCCACCAGAAGACAUCACUUUUAUUUCAGGGUCUGCUGAAACAUCACCAGAGGGUCGACCAUGCUGCCCUUCACUCUCGCGUGCCUGGUCUACAUACAAAGCAGUGCUCUGUUACGUUGUGUCCUGCAGCUGCUGUCCACAGAAGGACCCCGAGGUGUAUCUUCCCUGUUCAGUGGAGGGUACAGACUGUCCGUCUUUGAAUGGGCACCCUGGAAAUAGCCCUCGGAUCACCCGUUUGAGUGAAAGAAAAACAAACCUGGGUAAUAGUUUUAGUUACCCAGAUCUUAAACUGAUGGGGGUACCUGUGUAUAACAGACAGCCUGUUGUCUCAGAUAUAGAAACUGUAAAGGAGACCCCUGUUCCAGUGCCACCUCCAGCACUCCAUAGUACUUCUGGGGAUUACUACUCAUUGCGGGAAUCGGAUCCAGAGCUGUCCCGGUUAAAUGGCUCCCUUUCCAGUGCGGAUAUUGAUGUGCUCAUUUGGCAUAAACUAAAUGAGUUGUUUAGUCUCCAUCAGAUUGAUGAGCUGGCAAGGUGUACAUCAGAUACAGUGUUCCUGGAGAAAAGCAGCAAAAUCACAGAGUUAAUCAGCAGUCUAACACAGGACUACCGACUGGAAGAGCAAGAUGCUGAGUGUCGGCUAGUGAGAGGUAUCAUCCGCAUCAGUACUCGCAAGGUUCCACGACGUGGAACCCCCUCCCGCGGUGGAGAAAAGGGUGGAGGGCAACAGCAUAACAGCCGCAGCGGAGGCAAAGCACCUGACAGUGGCAAUGAAAGCAUGCAAGAGUCUGGACUUACUAGCCAGGAUGAUCUGGAUGUGAAAAUUUCACAAGAAACCUCAUCGGAUCUCAUGGCUCGUAAUAUGAGGCGAUAUAGUGCCCCAGGAUCUCCCUUCCAGAAAGACGACUCCCUGCCAGAUACAGAGACAGACUCCUCAGGCACCCCUCUGCUCAAGGUUUAUUGUUAACCUCUUGGAAGGUAUCAUAUGCUGCAGAACCGUCUGCUCAUUGGGUAGAGAUGAAUGUCAUGGUCUUCUUCUGGAUUAACCAUUGGAGUAUUUUACCACUGAACAUUAUAGCUAUUUUACACAUUGACUACCUUUUUGGAUUCCUAAAGGGAAGAACGUUUCAGCCUUGUGCACCAUUUGCAAUAUUGAUGUUGGGGAUUAUGCAUGAACAUUGUAUCCUUUUCAGACUCUAGGGUUGGAACAUGUACUUUGUCAUUUAAAUGGUGUUAAUUUUUAAGAAGUCAUUCAUUCACUUGGACAUUUUGUAGGUCUCUCUUAAGUGCUUUAUGUUGCUUUCUUAUCCUACCAUGUUACAAAACUGUGUUGGCUGUUUAAAUGUUGUGACUGAUCUACACAUGUAAAUAAUGAUAUAAAUAUGUAAUUAGGUGACCCAGCCUCUAAAAUAUAUGUGA